AUGGGUGAAGAGGUUGGAUCUCAGAUGGCAUUGCGAAUGUUUGGUCAUCUUAUUCGGUACGGUGAGCCAGUCAUACGAAGGGCAGUCCCAUUAGCUUUGGCAUUGAUCUCAGUUUCAAAUCCUCAACUGAAUAUUUUGGAAACAUUGAGCAAGUUCUCGCAUGACGCUGAUUCCGACACUGCACAUAAUGCUAUUUUUGCAAUGGGAUUGGUCGGUGCUGGUACGAAUAAUGCUCGUCUAGUAGCAAUGCUUCGAUCGCUGGCCAGCUACCACCACAAAGAUCAGGUUUCUUUAAUGUUGGUACGACUUUCACAAGGUCUUACGCAUCUUGGGAAAGGUACAAUGACGUUAAAUCCAUGGCAUUCUGACCGGCAAUUGCUGUGCCCGAGCGCCAUUGCAGCACUUCUUACGAUCUGCUUUGCAUUCUUGGAUGCUAAUAACUCUGUGUUAAACAACCGACAGCAUUACUUGCUGUACACCCUCGUGCUUGCUAUGCAACCACGAAUGCUCGUUACAUUAUGUGUAGACGACAAGAAGCCGGGUCAACUAAAACAGGUAAGUUUUCGAAGACGAUUCUAUUGA